CACACACUUGGGGGCACGCUGAUUUAUACCGACGACACGAUACAUGCACGCACGCCCAGCUGGAAUGUGUUACUGUCCCCUUUGGUAAUUUACGUCGAAACGCUUUUUUUUCUUUUACUUUUUUCACUUGGACUGUUUAAGUGUCCAGAGUAUUUUUCUAUAUCUCCUGGACAAGCUGUCUCACAUAUUCUUGUCAAGGUGGUCUCAGGGACGUGACCAAACUCAAUGUCGCUCCGCUUUUUUUUCUUUCCCCCUUUGAAGAAGAAAAACAUUUGAGUGUAAAGCUUUUUAUUCUUUCAAAUCUCUGAUGAGAAAAUAUUAGAUCCCUAAAGUCGGUGUCCAGGUGCGUUUUUUCCUGAUAAGCUUCAGAAUCUUUCCCCCAGCUGCUGUCAUAGUUUUACGGCUGAGAAAACACCUUACUUUCUUCUUCUUCCAGGAGAUAUUGGGCGCGCGGAUUAAAAGAGAGACUUGAAUAAUAAAAAGCGGGUGGCUAUUUUUAGAUUAGUCUCUGUGGAAAUCCGGUCGACUAUAUAUGUUGGCACUGGCGAAAUGGUGGGAAGAGAAUAUACGUGCCGGAGAACGCGUUUCCACGAAUUAUUUUGUGUUCCGAUUUUUAUUGAGAAAUAUUUUUUCAAGAGACCGGGCGGAUUGAGCACACACGAAGGUCUUUAUUUGGCAAAGAAGAGAUAGAUGUGUGUGUUUUUUUAAAGGUGGGGCCAGCUAUAUAUAUUUAAAGAGGCCGGCAGCGCAAAAAACAAAAUUCUCCCGCAGGUGAUGGUGGUGGUAUCUUUUAACGGGACUUGGUCCGCACGGGUCAUUUGUAAAAGAAUUGAAUAUCUCAUUUCUCUUAUUUUAUUUAUUUUUCUUUUCACCAAAAUCUUUGGGGGCUAUUUGCAUUUGGAUCUUUGCCUAUUUGUCAAAAUGUCUGGUGGGGUUUUUUCCUAAGCCAAACAGAAAAUGUUUACAUUUAAGUUUGAUUGAUUUAAAAACUUGUUGAGGAUUUGACGGAAAGGUGGGGUGGGGGAGGUUUGCAACAGAGGGUUGACGGGCGGGGGAGGAAGAGGAAGUCGAAUCUGAAAGAGGAGACAAAAGGUUGGAAGUAAACCGGAUGCGUAGGUGGAAAUGUUCCACAGGUAAGAAAAAAAAGUGCCAUGUGGCCAGCACGGUGGGGGGAAACCACCCCUUUUAGAUAUUAUUCCGCUGCCUAAUUGAAUAUAUCGAAGGGAGAGAAAAUCCCGAGCUUCCGUUCUUCCUUCCUUAACCAAAAUAAGAAAAAAGCUUUUUCUUAUUUCUUAUUCCUUAGUCAUCUCAUCAUAGAGUUUCCGUGUGUUGUUUCUUCUCUCUCUCUCCUUUUGUGUAAUAUUUACGGACCCACGCCAAUGGCCGCGACGUGCCGAGUCACCGUUCAUUGUGAAACGGAAGAAAAGAUAUCUCUCUAGCUAGCCUCAAAAGAUGAAUUUUGUUUUCUCCUUCUUCUUAUACAUGACUAUACACUUCGUUAGCCGCGCGAAUAGAACUAGCUCAUUAUUAUUAUAUUUUUUCCAAAGGGGAGGAAAUCUUUUUUUGAUCCUAGACAGCUCUCGCAAGAGCAACGUCAGCGGUAGCGCAUUAAAUUAUGGUGUGUGAAUAUUCAUCUUGUAGACUAGCUCAGACAUUUGAAUAUCGAGUUACACACACGAGCAGAGUUCUCUCUACACAAAUUUAUUCAGCUUUGGAAUAUAUAUAUUUUGGGUUUUUUACCCUACAGGUUAUUUCUUUUUUUUUUCGUAAUGAUUCCUCUGAAACAAUGGGCCUUUGGGGUAUUUUCUCUCUCUUCUUGUUACACUCAAAUUGUAUAGUGGAGGUCACACGGAGAGAAUAUUCUGCCUCCCUAAUGGUCUCUCAGCUUCUUCUUCUCGGCCAUCAAAGCUCCGGGGUUUGUUCUUCUUCUUCUACUUUGUACACCUCGUUAACAUUUUCCACAGCUGCCCGCGGGAUAUAAGAUUAUGUGUAACAUUCAAAUUUCGAAGAAAAUGUAUUUUUUUUUAAGGCGCGCAAAUGUCGCCUAUAAAAAUAGAAGCGGGCGGUCGCUUCUAUUCAAUUAGAAGAAAAUUCUUUUCUAUAAGACGCGGGAGGUUUGAAAUGUCCAUUUCCCAACCCCAACUUUGAACAACUCUCGUGAAUCUUUUUACGAUUUCUCCGGGUUUUGGGGGAAGGAGGUUGAUGUCAUCGCUGGACGUGGGUGUUGCGGCUAACGUCAAUAUUUAACCGGCUGGAAACCCCCAAGUAACAAAACACAAAUAGAUGUGUACACCUACUAGUAUAUAGAGAGAUAUACUAUUUUUCUGAUGGUCUGUGCACGCGAACGGCGACUCCUCCCUCACGAUCGUAUAGAAGAAGAAGAAGAUGGUGUAGAGGGGUUAAGAUGUUGUUUAAACACAGGCGCGCGCGCGCGCGGGCCUUUUAAAGUGCCAGCAAAACCUUUUUUAACUGCCCAGUUUUUUUCUUCGGAAGAAGUUGAAACACAUGGGCCGUUUUGGAACUUUUUUUGGUUUGUUUGGAUAAUCAUAAUCGUUAAAACGAGCUGGAAAGUUGUGGCUCGUUUUGUCAAGUUCCUUCCAUUUUUUGUUGUUUAUUUUUGGCGCUAGGUGUAAUAGAAUAAAACAAAAGGCGAAAAAAAAAUGAUUAUUUCGAAGGUUUCAAGGUGGGCAGAUCCUGGAUGAGUCUUUUGUUGACGGGUUUUUGACUUGAUGCUUUCGUUUCGACGAGACUUUUGGUGGGAGGUUUAUUCUUUGAUGGGUGGCCAUCAAAACAUCCCGAGGCGGGCGAGGCGGAAUGACGCUUUGGUUUAGUUACAUGACGCUACCGCUAGAUGGCCCACGUUUUCAACCUGUCAAACUUCUUUUCCCUUUUUAUCUUUUUUUUUGUAAGAGUAGAAGGUUAAGUAGGCGGGGUCGCCAGGUAUAAGAAACUAACCAGGCGCAACCAACUGAUCGUUUGAUGUUUGACUCUUUUAUGUUUUCUUCUUCUUUGGGAUGUUGCGUCGUUAUGUUUUCCCCGACGUUUUCCACUAUUUCCACCUAGCGGUAGAGAAAUGAAAUUUUACCUGGUUUACCUGACCUCCAUAUCUAUCCCCGGCUGUAUAUAUCCUCAUCUGCGUAGACUCUAAUCGACUGGGCUAGUCUGGGUAGAUUGUUUUGACCUCGAUUUCCCCCUUAAUCAUGAUUACCAUAACACAAUGAAAAGGGAAAAAAACAAAAAGACAAAAAACACCACGUACAUUUCCCUUUUCACCUCGCCAUUUCUCUCGGUUCGCCUUUUACUCGCCAGGAAAGUUUCCCUAUACUGUACCGUAACAUAAUCAAAAAAACCGAAAAAAGAACAGAGGGUGAAUGUAGCGUAGUAGUUGUUGCCACCUGUAAUUGGAUCGGGGGUUUGUAAAAGACCACACGACUCGCGUACAAGAUGGUGCGGCGCGCGCGCGCUUGAGAGAUGCGGGGGUUAUUCAAAAACUGGUUCAAAAUGGCCGCAAGGAAACCGUCUGUCUGCUGCCAGUCUCUUAUUAGCCCAAGGAGGGAGGAAUAUAUCUACACACAGACAAAGUUGCUGAUGUACAUAUAAUAAAAAAGAAGGGACAUCAUAAGUCUCACAAUGUCUAGAAAUGGACAUCUGGCACACGCUCCUUUCUCCGACUCUCCUUCUUUUGUCGAUUCUUGCCUUUUCAACACCCACAAGUCUGCAGAUCUCCGUGUUUUCUUUAUUUAUUUAAAAAUAGAAAUGGGAAAAAAGGUAUAUGAACUUGAAAAAACUUUUUCAAGACAAAUCUUUCAGCUGCUGCCGCACUCGGUCAUUUCCCUGGCGCAGUUCGACACAUCUGCCCAGGAGAAGAUUUUUGAGCCAUUCAAGUAAAGAAAGAAAGAAAAAUAAAACAUACAUUGUCAUUGAAAUGUCAUUAAGGCCGAGCUUGUGUUUCCCUUUUCUAACCCUCGAGACUUUCUCUCGUCCAAGAAACUUUUUUAAAAAAGAAAAAAGAAGAAUGAAGAUGAUGACAAAAGAAACUCGAUUACCCUUCGUGUACACAUCCGCACGAGUGAAGUUUUUUCUACCACGCAAAGGCUCGUCACGACCGACAGUUAGUCGCUCCCGAGGGGGUUUUUUGUCGAUCGCCACCUUUUUUUAAAGCAUUCCGAAUCGGAAUCGGUUUUGACCUAUUCGAGAGAGUCUACCCCUUUUAUAUUUUCUUUGAUUUAAUUACGUUUACCUUAAAAGGAUUUUCGGGCAGAACCUCUAACUGAUGAUGAUUACUCUAUACCCCGGGACAACACACACACACACACCCAACACACACACUAUUUCUUCAGCCUAUUCGAUUUUUAUCGCUGCGCCUUGUCAAUAAAUCAAGAAACAUUUUUCUUUUUUUGAAUCUCGCGCGCUGGCGCUCGCUUGCCGAAAACUGAAAAAUUUCCGGAAUAAAAAUAAUAUCUGAUGAAGCGGAUCUCUUUUGUGUGUGUGCGUCCACACAUUUCCGAAAAAAAGAGAAGAAAAAGAAAGAAAAGAAAAGAUUCUAUUGUUUUCUGUGUUGUUUUCCAAGCAGAAACCGGCCAAGAUAUUGGCCGUAUAGUGUGUGAUGCGCACGCAGGGGGGUUGAUGGCAAUCUGAUGAUGAUGGAAGGAUUUUUCGGGGAACAAUUUUUUCCUAUAAGACUAGACAAGACGAGAAAAAAUGUAGUCGUCAAUUUCGUCUUUCGGAGCGCCGGUGUCUAUUAAGUUGUCGACGGAAUCUCGUAGCGCCAUCGCUAAAAAAUAAGAUUGUGGGGGGAAGAAAAAAGACAAAAUAUGAUCAUCUUUUCACGUAAAAAAAAUUUUUUUCGGGUGUGAUUUACGUCGCCCAACGACUCCCGUUGGAAAAAGCAUUUUUGUUUUGUUGCGUCUUAUCAGCCGCUGAAAAUCUUUUCUCCUCGGCCGCAAAUUUAUUGUGAUGGAAUCAACUUAUAUAUUUUGGUUGUUGCUGUUGUUGUCGAGAGUAUAGCGGGUGUAAUGAUUGUAAUCAUCGGCGUGUGAGUUGUUGGCUAAAAAGUUGCUGAAACCGAGUCAUUGCGUGACUCACGACGCGCUCCGGCCCUCCUGCAGUUCUACUGGGAAAGAAAAGAAGAAGAAGAAGAAGGAUGAAAGGUUGUGGAAUGGGGGAGAAGAUGGAGAGGGCAGCAAUCAGACACACACACACACACACAAAAACCUUUUUUCUUAUUUUAUGUUGCGAGGGGAAGAAGAAGAAGAAAAAAGAUUUAAAUAGGACGGGGUCCCCAGGUGUGUUGAGGAAAGGUGUAAUAGCCUCGGGCGGCAUACCUUCUUGCAGGCCAGGUCCAAUCGGAGCCUUUCGCCGUAAGUCGAGAGUCUAGCCCUGCGGCCAAGUUCAAAUCACCCGCCCUAGCCCCCACCGCCGCCGCCGCCAAACUAUUACUACUACGACGAGAGUUGUAGCCCUUUGCUCAUAGGUGUACCUCUCCUCGGGUUUGGGUUGGUGGUGAACCCAGCGCUUUCCAUCAGUUCCCAAACGAGAGUUCUAGCCGACUGCCGUUUGUUUGCCUCCCAAACCGAAUCAUGUGUUACAACUCCGCACCGAGUGAUUGAAUUUUUGAAAUCCGCCAAAAGUUUUUCUCGCCAAUUUCGUUGGAAAAGUUUGUCGAGUUUAAAUCGAACGAAAAUGAGGCUCGAAAGGAAUAUAGCACGACAUCCGCUCUUCCAAGUCACCAAGGUUUUGUGGCAUUUGGACAUUUUCAGAAGAAGUUUCCGCGACCUGACCGGUCACGCUUGCCUCGGCGAAUCGUGCAUCUUUUGUGCCCUGAAGGAAUUGUUUGCGCAAUUGCAGUAUAGCCAUGAAUCAGCUCUGCCGCCGGACGCGCUCCGGCGGGCAUUGGCCGAAACCUUUCUGAAUCAACAGAGAUUCCAGCUCGGUUUCAUGGACGAUGCAGCUGAAUGCUUUGAGAACAUUUUACUUCGAAUUCAUUUCCAUUUGGCCAGCAACGAGGCCGAGGACCAAUGCGCAGCUGGGCAUUGUAUCCCCCACCAAAGGUUCGCCAUGACCUUGGUGGAACAGUCCGUCUGCGCCGCUUGUGGCGCCACUUCCGAACCUUUGCCUUUCACUCAGAUGGUGCACUACGUCUCGGCGUCGGCGCUGACGUCACAGGCGCGCCAGCCACCCAAUUUGAUGGAGCCGGGUUCGCCGGCCGGAUUAUUCGGUCGUUUGCUGAGACAGGCGGGCGGGAUGGGCGACAUUCGUGAUUGCCCGAGCGCUUGCGGCGCCCAAAUUCAAAUUUGCCGAACUCUGACGAACCGGCCGCAAAUCGUUUCGGUCGGCAUCGUCUGGGACUCUGAGCGACCGCAGCUGGAUCACAUCAUGUCCGUCUUUGCCCUGGUGGGCACCAGCCUCCAGCUGCGGGACGUCUUCCAGUCGGUGCUGGACUCACGCUGGGCCGAAUUGACCACCCACCGGCUGGUGGGCGUCGUCACUUACUACGGCAAACAUUACUCCACCUUUUUCUUCCACACCAAACUCCAGCUGUGGAUCUACUUUGACGAUGCAUCCGUCAGUGAGGUGGGGCCCGACUGGCAGCACGUCGUCGACAAGUGCCGGCGCGGCCAUUUCCAGCCGCUUUUGCUCCUCUACGCAGAUCCGGAAGGGACGGCCGUGCCGACGGCCACCGCUCCUUCGGCCGUCACUCCGGUCGGAGCCAAGCCGCGUCAUCAUCAAUACGGAUCACUUUCCAGGCCCAGGAGCAUCACGCCCAAUCCGGUGCCGGUCCAGCAGCAGCAGCAGCCAAGCUAUAACGGCCGCAGGGCCAUCACGCCCAACAUGGAACUGAUCCAGCACUCGCUCAACAGACGACCUGCUCCGUUGCCACAGCAGCAGCAACAGCAACAGCCGGACUAUCGCGACUAUCAAAACAUUUCGGACCUGGAAGGCAUUUUCCAUCAGCCGGAUGAAGUCUUCCACGAGCCGGUUUACAUCCAGCGACAAACAGUCGAAUCCAUUUUGAGGGCCCAGCAGCAGCAGUCGAACGUUUCCAGCGAUCCGGAUCUCAAGAUCGCCAUGCUCGCCGGUGCUAAUUUGCCAAGAUCGAGAGAUUCCGGCAACUGGAGUGGCGACCGAAACAGCGCCUCCUCUUCAUCCAGCACUUCCAUGGACAAUCCUUACCUCUACAUUAUGAACAGAAAUCAAAGACCGCAGAGUAGCAGUUCGACCAAUAGUUCUCCAUCGAAACCGGGCGAUCCCAACGCUUUACCCAACCACCUGGGCGCUUUCCACGGCGAUCCUGGAUACGAUUCCUAUUCUUUAUCGUCCAACGACAGUUACCCGUUGCAGCAGAGUCUGAAACAUACCCUCCAGUUAUCCCAGAUUCCCGAGGGCGGUCACAACAGAUGGCAAACCCGAGUGCCUGGGCCGUAUCCACCGGCUGAUGCUGGUGGAGCCGACGAGUGUGAAAGGCUUUGCCUCGAGGCGGAUCACCUGCUGGAGCGGUCGAGAGUGCAGGAAGAUCAAGGCGACCUGGAAGGGGCUUUCAAUCUGUGUCAAUCGGCGGCCCAGCGCAGCCGGGCGGCCAUGGAUGCCCCUUACAACAAUCCGCAGACGCUCGUCUUUGCCCGGAUGAAACACAACACGUGUGUCAUGCGGGGGCGGAGCCUCCACAGGCGACUUUUGCAGGCGCGGCAGUCUGCCGGAUUUUACGACGGAUCGAACGCCGUUCACAAUGGCGUCGCCGUUAUGCCCAGCAUCGACGAGCCGAGACACAGUCGCCAGAGCAGCCGCGAUUCCAAUCGCAGCGUCCGCCAACAACAACAACCGACUGUCCAGGCUGUCCCGCCCACUCCGUCCGCUCCUUCGUCCAACACUCAGCCCGGAAGCGUCGGGAAGAACAUUGAAAUUUACGCCACUUUGCCGAAAAAGAAGGGCAAGAAAGCGGCCGAAAUGCUCCGUGAAGCCGAAACGACACAACAACAGCAGCAACAACAACAACAACCGGAGAGGCAGAGUCGAUCGGGUGUUGUUGCCGGAUUCGCUGGCGCCAUGAUGCGCCGGGAGAGGGCCAAGAGUGAGGAACGCAACAAGAGCAAACCGGUUCCCAUUCCGUCGGUGGCCAGUGUGGCCCAGGACGACCUGGAAAUGAUGGGAGGUGACGGAUCGAGCGACAACUCGUCCAGGUCGCCCGGCAAGAAGCAGCAUCGCAUCCGGCGGAGGCUUCUCAUGGGCGGGCUCAUCAAACGGAAGAAUCGAAGUUUGCCCGACUUGAGAGCCGACGACGACGACGGCCAGGAAGAGCCGCAACAGGAGCCGGAAGAGGAUGACUAUAUCGGUUUACCUCCGCCGCCGGAAGACUCCAGCAAUCCUAAUUUGGAGAAGAGCAAAUUGAUGAUGAGGAGGAGUUUCCACUCGAGUCUGGGCCGGAAUUUGCUGCCGCAACCCAUCGGCCUCAACAAAGUUCCUCCGCCGCCGCCCGUCCGGAAAACGUCCCACCUGACUCCGGCGCCUCCGCAAUUGCCGUUCUACGAUAAUUACGCUGAGAGUCAAAUCACCGUCCAUGCGGACAUUCACCAUGAACGGACGCAUAGCGAUUUGGCAUUCCCCGCUCCACACGAUCCGCUUCCGCCUUAUCCGGUCGUCGAACACGUCCGGCAAGCCAGCGACGAUUUCCCACCACCUCCUCCGCCGCAGGAAUUGCAGUUACUCAGUUGCGAUCCUGAACUGGCGCCGGAAGAAGAAGAAGAAGCGGAGCCUAGCGGAUUAUUAGCCGAACUCCAAAGAAAGCGGAAGGAAAUCCUAGGCGCCGGAAAUAUGCCACCACCUAUGGCACCGAUCGUCCCCUCCGCUCCGUCAUCUUCGGCAGCCAAUCCGCCGAAUCAUUGGCUGAGAGAACUUCAAAAUACUUUGCAAAAUAAGAAGAUGGGAGUCGCCGCUCUGGCAGUGGCCCCUCAGCUCGUACCUGCGGCUCUUCCGACGGAAGAGACGGUCAAUAAAUCCGUCCGGAAGCUGGCGUCCCGUUUCGAACAAGCUAGAAUCUCUCCAGUGACUUCAUGUGAUGUCGUCGAUCACGCUCCUCCUCGCGUCCAGCCACCUGUAGUACCUUGCCAACAACAACAACAACAGCAACAACAACAGCAACAACAACAACAGCAACAACAGCAACAACAACAGCAACAACAACAGCAACAACACCAGCCACUCAAGGCUCCUGUAGCGUCUCUACCACCUGCGGCUCCUGCCGGAAUUUUGGAUCGCAAGAGACGAUCGGGUGACGGACAGAGUAAAAAGAAGAGCGUGACGUUUUGCGACCAAGUGAUUUUGGUCUCGACGGCCGAAGACACCGAACAGGAUGAGACGUAUGUUCCCAAUCCAAUCCUCCAGCGAGUACUCCGCUCGGCUUUCCAACAGGAAAUGGUCAAAGAUGUUGGCCAGCAACGACCGGAAUCGAAUCAGCCACUGGUUUCGCCCACUUUUAAUAAUGGAACGGAUGAAGUGGAUCGCCAAUCCUUGAGGCCCCCUCAGCCGCCUUAUCAAAAGUUGCCCGUCAACAGCCAGGCCUUCCAGCAAUCUCAUCACUACGCCCAGCAACAACCUCAGCAGCAUUACCAGCAGCAACAACAAUACCAACAACCAUCAGGACAGCCGAUGCGGAAUGGUUACGGCGUUCCCCCUUCACCGAUGAUGGGCCAGAGGAUAGGGCCACCAUCCAGCGCAGGUGCUCCUCCAUCUUACGCUCCGCCUCCGCAAUAUCCACACCACGCCAGAGUGCGCUUCCAGCCGCAGCCAACGGCCAAUAACAACAACAACAAUAAUCUGACACAAAAUCUGGCGAUGAAAACGAAUUACCCGCCGCAACAGCAUCCGGAUCAGCAGAGUAGGCCGCAGCAAAUGGUCCAGCCGAAUGCCGGUUCGUGGCAACAACAACCGCAACAACAAGGGCCAAUGCCAUCCAGUAGCGCUGGAUUCACUCCGUGCAGCCUUUGCGGGAAGAAGCAAGUGCCGUCCAAUUUUCAAUACUGCUCCGAUUGUCAAUUUUACAUGCAACGGUUCCAGCCGAAAGCGUGAGCUUGACCAACUGGAUCGUGAACAAAAUUUUACUAUUAUUUUAUUGAAGUAUUUUGUUAUUACCCAAUCUGCAAUUGUUUUAACUCGAGAUAUUAAUCCAUGAUUUGGUUGAUCUCCUAGCACACGAUAUCUGCGCCAACUUUUUUUAAAUUGUAUUAAGCAGAUAGCUGUGCGUGUUUUAUUCCUUUUGUUUGGAUUGUUUUUCGCCACCACAUUAAAUGACCGAUCUGAUUUUCAUCAAAAUAAUUUUUUUAGCUCUGAAUUUAUAAGUAACUGUGUAACUCUGUGUAUCUCACAUUUUGCUUGUACAUAACGUGCCAAAAUUUGUUUUAUGUACAUUUACGAAUGCUUAAGACAAAUAUAAUACGAGAAUCGUAUUUCUAUACAAAA